AUGACGGGCCCAACGCACUGGAAGCCGCGCUGCUCUAUAGAGGAGGCUGACACAAUACUCACAGCACCCGGAAGUCCGCUCGAAAUUGAAACACAGGAUGUCGACGGGAGAGUAUUGAAAGUCUGGAAGAAUCUCUCGCCCUCCGUACGAGCAUUCUUCUUACAUGCUACCAAGGAGCACGUCGGCAAAACCUGUGUGGUAUACGAGAAAGAACGCUACACCUUCCAGCAGAUGCUAGAAAUGGUCGUCACCGCGGCUAUGUUUAGAGACGUUUACGGUGUUAAGAAGUGUGAUCGCGUCGUCAUUUGUUCUCGAAACCUUCUGAGUUACUACACUGUGUUUUGGGCUUGCCACCUUCUGUGCGCUGUCACUGCUCUUGUGGCUGCCAUUAGACCCUCUCAGGCAUUGUAUCACACUUACGAAAUGUACACUGAUCCCGAACGAGCGGAGCAGAUCGAGCCAAUAGCCGCUGAUCUUAAACGCGCAUCAGGCGCCUCCGGAUAUCUUGUUCUUCAGGAUCAUGAGGGAAAAGGCCACUGGGAAGGCUGGGACGGUUGGAGCGAAGCAUUCCUCGAGUAUCGUAAGGAUCCAGGAGAAAUACUACGCGAUGAUCCUCGCAUCAUACCGGAGGAUAACGCGACGAUCAUCUUUACGUCGGGAACCACUGGCCUUCCUAAGGGCAUCCUGAGCACACAGCGAGCGUUCCUGACGUUUUUUUUCAACUCAGCCUCCACCGUCGGAAGAGACUACAUUCGACGAGGCGUGCCGAUCCCUUCUUCGCUCGCGUCAGGCAUGAAUAAUGGGAUCUUGCUUUCAUCACCGCUGUUCCAUGCCACUGGGACCAGCGCGACUCUCACCGGUGCCUUUUAUGGAACGAAGAUGAUCUUAAUGAUAAAAUGGAAUGUAGCAGAAGCUGUAAGAUUGUGCAAGGAAGAGGGUGUAAUCUCUUUGGGUGGUGUUCCAUCGCUUAUAACCGACCUAGCCGAUAGCCCGUUGUCUGGUUCUCCCAUAGAAGUGAUCACAAUCGGAGGGGCUCCAGUCGCGCUGUCUCUCCUUCGCAGGUCGAAAGAAGCCUUUCCACAUGCAACGCUCGGACAAGGCUAUGGUUCCACCGAGACUAAUGCGACAUCAGUUGGUUUCUGCUCAUCGAAAUGGGUUCUGACUAUAGAUGGAUGGGUAAUGACCGGAGAUCUUGGUUGCAUCGAUGAAGAAGGAUAUGUCUACGUUAAAGACAGGAUUAAAGACAUCAUUAUCCGUGGUGGGGAGAGCGUUGACUCGUGGACGUCCACGAUGGGAGUGGCUGGCGCCGGAUGGAGAGCUCUACCUGAUGAAAGGCUGGGCGAGCUAGUGACCGCAUUGGUCACUGUCAAACCCAGGUAUCACGGAAAGCCCAGCGAGAAAAAGCUUUUGGAGACUGCAAAGAGACUGUUACCAAAAUUCGCAGUCCCGAUAAUGAUUAUCUUGAAGGAUGGGGAGUUUGAUCAUACACCCUCUGGGAAGACUGUCAAGGCGCAGUCACGGAUAAUUGCGCGGAAAGAGUGGUUACGUAGAAGGAAGGAAGAUACGCAAAUGGACGAAGCGAAAUCCAAGUUGUAA